AUGGAGCUUGGCUCCAUGACUAAGCUUUUGGUUCUUAGGGUUUCAACAAAAACGUUGACAGGAGGAAUCCCACCUUCCUUGGGAAAUCUUUCGUUGCUCAUAUAUUUUUCAGUAGCCUAUAAUAACUUGGAGGGAAAUAUUCCAGAGAGUAUAGGCCAUUUGAAAAGCUUAUCAGCUUUCGGAGUUGCAGUCAAUAAACUGAACAGUAUGGUCCCUUCCUCUCUUUACAAUUUAUCAUCUAUUAGUGCUAUAGACUUUGUCUUCAACCAACUCAGUGGCGCUCUUCCAGCAAACAUAGGCCUCACUCUCCAUAAUCUCAAACUAUUUUUUAUUGGUGAGAAUGAAUUCUUUGGGCCAAUCCCUGGUUCUUUAUGCAAUGCAUCUAAGCUUCAAAUACUUGACCUAGGUAGAAACAAUUUUGUGGGAUCAGUUCCAACUAAUCUGGGAUAUCUACUAGAUCUUGAACACCUACGUCUAAGUUAUAAUAAUUUAGGAAGGGAUUUGGACUUAACGUCUUUAGGAAACUGUAGCAAAAUGGAAUCGCUGAUAUUUAAAAGUAACCAAUUUGAAGGUGUUUUGCCCAAUUCUAUUGGCAACUUGUCAACACAACUUAAUGCAUUGAAAUUUGGAGGCAACCAAAUAUCUGGAAUCAUUCCUACAGUGUUACAAAAUCUUAUCAACUUAAAUAGUUUGGAAAUGGAUGAGAAUCUUUUCAUAGGUGUGAUACCUACUUAUUUUGGAAAGUUUCAAAAGAUGCAAGGAUUGGAUUUAUCAGGGAACAAAUUGUCAGGGCAAAUCCCAAGCUCCACUGGCAACCUCACUCAAUUGGUUCAAUUGAACUUUUCUCGUAACAAUUUAGAAGGAAGCAUACCUCCAACUAUAGUGGGCAAUUUGAAAAAUAUUAAUUCUCUUGAUAUCUUUGAAAACAACUUGUCUGGUGAAAUUCCUACAACAAUUGGAAAUAUAUUGAAUUUAGAAGAGCUCCACUUGCAAGGGAAUUCCUUUGAAGGAAUCAUACCUUCAUCAAUGGCUUAUUUGAAAGGCCUUGAACUUUUGGCUGUUUCACGAAACAACUUAUUAGAAUUUAUUCCAAAGGGUUUAGAGAAACUUUUAUUUUUAAAAUACUUGAACAUUUCGUUCAAUGAUAUUGAGGGCCCACUACCAAUUGUUGGAGUUUUCAAAAAUGUAGAUGCAACAUCAGUUAUUGGAAACAAUAAGCUUUGUGGGGGUAUUCCACAAUUACAACUACCAAAAUGCCCCAAAGUUACAAAAUCAAGAAAGUCUCUUGCUUCUUGA